AUUACUGGAUUCCAACUACCGUAAACCCCACCGAAGAAGAGCAAGUAGGAAGCCAACGUUAUCAGCAACGUUAGCAAGGACUGGCAUUAGCCCCAAACACAAGAAUUUCAAAAGACUAGAGUACAUUAUUUUCAACUGACUGUUUCCUGAAAGUGCUGCCGAAUUGUCGGGGGUUCAGUCUUUUCUUUAACCUGCAAAAAUGCCAGCCGCGCUUGCAGAUACCAGUCAGAUUAUCUGUGAGGUCUGGGCAAGCAAUGUGGAAGAGGAAAUGAGGAAAAUCCGACAGAUAAUUCAAAGUUAUAACUUCAUUGCCAUGGACACAGAGUUCCCUGGAGUGGUGGUUAGACCGAUUGGUGAGUUUCGCAGCACGGUAGAUUACCAAUACCAGCUUUUGAGGUGCAACGUGGACCUUCUGAAAAUCAUCCAACUUGGACUGUCGUUUAUGAAUGAGGAUGGCGAUUAUCCCCCCGGGACGACAACAUGGCAGUUCAAUUUCAAAUUUAAUUUAACAGAGGAUAUGUAUUCCCAGGACUCGAUAGACUUACUGCAGAACUCUGGUCUUCAAUUUAAAAAGCAUGAGGAAGAGGGGAUUGACACACUCUACUUUGCUGAGCUUCUGAUGACUUCUGGCUUAGUGUUGUGUGAAAAUGUCAAAUGGCUGUCUUUUCACAGUGGGUAUGAUUUUGGCUACCUGGUGAAGCUGUUAACAGACACUCGACUACCUGAGGAGGAGCAUGAGUUCUUCCAGAUUCUCAAUCUCUUCUUCCCUGCGAUCUAUGACGUAAAAUAUCUGAUGAAGAGCUGCAAAAACCUAAAGGGAGGGCUCCAGGAGGUGGCGGACCAGUUGGAACUGAAAAGGAUCGGGAGACAACACCAGGCCGGCUCAGAUUCACUGCUCACAGGGAUGGCGUUCUUUAGGAUGAAAGAGCUUUUCUUUGAAGACAACAUUGAUGAUGCAAAAUAUUGUGGGCGAUUGUAUGGCUUGGGCUCCGGGUCCACUCAAAAUCAGAAUGGCAUCUCAAGCUCUUCCCAAGAGGAAACCAACAACAAGCACUGACCGAUCGCAAGGCUAUCAAGUGGAAGACUUCUUUUAACCCAUCCAACUGAUGUUUUUCUCCUCCACCCCCAGAAGAAAACAUGAUGCAUUUGUAUCCAACUUCACCAGUUGCAAAAAGGACAUUGACUUUUCUUUAACCCAUUCUGUUCUGUCACAGUGGAUUUUACUGCAUAUUGUCACCAUUCAAAUUCCCUGUUGUACCACUAUUGAGCCUCUCACCCAGGACCAGUAUUUGGAAACCUUUUAUCUUUGUUUUACAGCAUUGCAGUAUCAACCCUUUCUAAGGCAUGGGACCAGCUUUUGUGUUUGGUACUGCAAAUAAGAAGUGUAGCAUUUUAAAGUGCUCAACAGCAAAUCUUUGCACUCCUGAUUUUCAAAACAAACUAUAUUUUGGCCCAACCAACUAAAGCAUCGAUAGGUAUCAUUCCCCAAGUAGUUCAUGCUUGUAGGGAUUGUAACAUUUUUAAUUAUGCUGGAAAGGUAUGUAAAUUAAAAUGUAAAAUUUCACUGAAGCUGUCAUGUUUUAGCAAUUUCCUUUGAGGAAAGAGACUUUUAGAUGGGUGACAGGCAGAUCUGUAAGUAUGAAUGUCUUACAGGGGCACACUGCAGUUCUGCAGUGUAACAUUUGCUUUUAAUUUGUUCACUGCUCCGUUUAAACAGAUGUUUGUGGUUGCUAUUGUUUUUACAACAUGCAUUGUUUGAAACAGUUGUAUAUUAAAACAUUUUCUAUUUUCAAUGUUA